AUGGGAUCGACGCGUCCGGCGCCCAUCGCGCACAAUUCCCCGGCCCUGGGCCCAUCUGCACCAUCAUCCGUCAAGUCGCAGCCCCGUCUUCAACCUUCACCGCUACCAUUGCAGCCCAUUGAAAACUCAUUCCAUCCGCUGUCCCGUGGCCCGCACAGGCCAUCGCCGACAAAAGGUUUGCCCACCCAGGGCUCACAUCCCGGGCGAAAACUCGGUUUCGUUCCCAUCUCUGCUCCGGCCCCUCCCAUGUUCACCACCGACUCCCCUACCAAGAAACCACCUUUUUCUAUCUAUUCGCAACCCUCAAUGCCCCAGUCGGCACUAUUCACCACCUUCUCCAGUGUCAAUAUCGAGUCCAAGGAGAACCAGCAUCCCGAGGACCCAUCCAAUGGCAGCUUCGCCGAUUUCCCGGAACCCUCAUAUGAAUCCCGACUGCCUAUGAAGCGCAGCCUCAUGGAAUCCGCCCCUUUGAAAGAGCGCUCGCUCAAGAAGCAAAAGCGCGAGGACGCGCCACUUCACCACCUGCCCGAGCCACAUGAUAUGCCACCCAUCGAAGACGAUGGCACCAAGCCACCAUACAGCUAUGCGACAUUGAUUGGCAUGUCGAUUCUGCGCGCUCCCAAUCGUCGCCUCACCUUGGCACAGAUCUACAAAUGGAUUUCCGACACUUUCUCGUACUACAAAAACAGCGAUCCGGGUUGGCAAAAUAGCAUUCGCCAUAAUCUUAGCUUAAACAAAGCCUUCAUUAAGCAAGAGCGUCCAAAGGAUGACCCGGGCAAGGGUAACUAUUGGGCAAUCGAGCCGGGUAUGGAAUUGCAAUUCCUCAAGGAUAAGCAAGUUCGCCGUGCAACCAUGUCCAGUCUUCCUCUCCCUGCAGUCCCUCCAAGAGAUCUGAUUCCUCAGUCGCAAGGCGCAAGCACGACCACCUGGAUGGUUCCUCCGCCACCCAUGCAGCAAUCAGCUCCGCCAAAGUCUUCGCGGAAUGUUGACCUGUCAUCGGAUGCUACUUUGCCUGCAUCUGACCCUGCUCUGCAAGACGACACGGAUGAGGGCCAAUCAGAUCCUCUCCCCCCUAUUGCGCCCCCUCGUUUUGCCCGCCAAGGUACCCCGCCUACUCCAACUCAGGCCGGUCCGACACCAGCUCCUCGUCCUCGAAAGCGCAAGUCGAUUACGAUGAAUGACAGCGGAUAUUUCUCCUCUCUAGAGUCGUCCGCCUUGCGGCCGAAUAAGGCCGGUCAUAUGCUGACGUCUGAUUUGGACAUUGAACCUCCGCGUAUCAAGCGCGGUCGUGCUGAAGAAGAGAUUGCACGGAUUCGCAGCUCCUCCCACGAUAUUAGCCCAGGUCAACCUGCCACGCGCAAGGACCCAAGCACACUGGUUGGUUCUUCGCCGCUGCGUGGAGGCUAUGUGAGCAUGCUGCCACCGCCGUUGACCCCCGUCAUCAAGUUCAAAAAACCAGCUAAGCCUCCACCAUCCGUCUCGCCCAACACCAACCUUCGAAAUCACCGUCGUAAGAUCCAACAGAUGGUCAAUUCACCCAUCAAGCACUUGGGCUUGACGGAUGAGGACCUGCCUUGGAGUCCGGCCUUCAAUCUCCACGAUGAAAGCUACACGCCGCAUGAUCAUUUCCAUACCACAUUCGAUGUCUUCGCAGACUCAGGUCCCGAGCAUGUCUCGUCGGCCACCUAUGGAUCCCCUGAGAAACGCUCUGUCAAGCGUCAACGGAUUGACCACGGGAAUACCCCUCUUACCGACAUCACUUCGGUCAGCGUGAACAGUCGGGUUGGUAUUCCCCCUCUAUCACGGUCAAAGUCAGCCAUCUUCCCAGAGUCUCCGUCUAAGCUACCGGAAAUUGGACGCCUCGGCGACACCAGUCAGGAUGAUUUCUUCUCUUUCCACCUCUUUGAUGAGGGCAAUGAUAGCUCUGGAGAGGUCGACGGUGUGGAUCUUUUGCAGGGAUUCCAAAAGAUUGGAGGUCCUACCAAAGAUGAUGCACUCAAGCCUCGGGCCCUGCACCCACGUCCCCAUCUGAGCAACCGCAGCAACACCACUCUAUUUUAA